AUGGACGACAGUGCAUUCAACAAGAUAAACGAGGGGCUCGACUCUUUCAUUCCUUUGAUUCCCGAUGUUGUGCUGGACUACUGCUUUACAAAGGCCGGGCUGGCGACAGAGGACCCCAAGAUAAAGAAGCUUGUAUCUCUGAUAGCGCAAAAGCUCAUCACAGAUGUAGCCACGUGCGCAUACCAGUAUCACAAAAUAGCCAAAAGAGCAUCGCUAAAAGAGAAAAAAGCACCAAAAGAGAAAAAACUAACGCUGACUCUCUCUGAUGUAGAGAACGCGCUGAAGGAGUGCGGGAUCAGCAUAGCCAGGCCGUCGUACUUCUUUUAA